AUGCAGCGGCUGGAGCGGCCGGGUAUGCACAGAGCGGCCACCUCGACAGGGGCGCAGAAUGCAGCUCCCUUCUUCUCGACCAACAUCUGGGGCAGUGGCAGCUCUUCCAACCACAACACCACAUCCACAUCCACCCUCAGCCCGCCCAGCAGCAGAUCACGGCCCGGAACGAGUGCAGGCGAUCGAGAAGGCAGCCAGCCCAACACCCUGAGAAAAGAGCGCAGCCACAGUCGGAGGCCAUCCUUCGGCCGCAAGGUCUCCUCCCCGUCGCCGGGCAGAAACAAGCGCAGCGCGAGCUCGUCGACCACCAAUGGGGGCGGAGGUCCGACAGUCGUGACCGACGCCGCGAUACUCCCCGCCCUGCCCGACUUUGCGCUCCUCACCGCCGCCAAGAUAGCCAGGGACCACGAGAUCGUCCAGUCGCCCGGGUCUGUCGACUCCUACAGCAAGAUGUUGACCGGCCGCUCGGCCCCCACGCCUACCAAUGGCUACUUUACCACGACGACGACGACGACCUCACCACCGGUCACACAGUCCGGCAUGUCGAUACCGCCGCCAGAAUCACCCUCGCUCUACCAGCACAUACAGGAUGUCGCGAACAAGCGCAUAUCGACAUUGGACUACCUGCGCAAAGCGCACGAAGGCCGAGUCUACUGGUUCAACACCCUCCUCUUCGACAAGCCCGACCUCGCGCGCAUGCCCUACUUCGAAAGCCGCAAGCUGGCGCGGCGCGCGACAAACUACCUCCUCCUCGGCCUCUCCCUCCCGGCUGUCAUUGACCUCAACUCCUCGACCCCCCUCGAGUUCCUGCGCUCGCUCAACACGCUCCUCGCCGAGUUCGACUCGUACCAGCAGAUCCACACCGAGAACGGCGUGAACUCGUCGUCGCUGUCACGCGCCCGCCUCCCGCAGAUGUUCCGCCGCGGCGCCGGCGGCAAGGGCCGCCGCCAGUCGGGCGCCGCGGGCAUGGACUUCGACGGCUCGCUAGGAAUAGCAGCGGCGGCGGCGGGCGACGGGUCGGCGGUCAACUCGGCGCCCGCCGGCGUCAUCAGCUUCGGGCUGGGCGGCGAGGGCAACGACCUGCUGCCGGGCGAGGAGUACACGCACCUGCUGACGCCGAACCUACCCUUCGACCCGGACUUCUUCGAGACCUUCGCCACGCUGUGCGACGUGCUGAUCGACUGCUACUCGCGCCUGAUGAGCCUGCUGCCGUCGCCGCGUGAUUGCAGUCCUGUCGUCGCCGAGCUGUUCACCAAGGCCGACGCCCGCGUCCGCAAGAUCAUCAUCCAGGGCGUCGUUAAGGAGUUUGAGGACUCGAGCCGCGCUGGGCUGAAGCAGGAGGUUGCUAGCGUGGGCAAGGUCGUGCUCGGCGGGCUGAUGUAA